AUGACGGCUGAUCCAUUACUCAAAAAGAAGAAACCUUUUCUAGUACCAUCAAAAACAUUUGCGGAACAUAUCUUGCAGUACGAAUUAGAGCUCACUGGAACAGCAACAAGUUUAGUUUUAUUGGCGUAUCUUCUUGGUGUACCUUUAGCUGAAAAAUGUAUCUUCAUAUCAUACAAUGUAGGUAGAGAUAGUUAUAGUAAAGGUAUGGAUGAUAUGUAUUUUGUGGCCUUCUGGACUAUUGCUUUGACCUUUUUACGAGCCGCCUCUAUGUCUUAUAUUUAUCAUCCUUUGGCCAAAGCUUUUGGUGUUAAUCUUAUAUCCAAACGUCAACGAAUAGCCGAGCAAGGUUUUAUGUUCACAUAUUACGCCAUCUUUUGGGUGCUUGGCAUGUAUAUUAUGUAUUGUAGUCCUCAUUGGUUUAACACAUCACAAUAUUGGAUUGAUUAUCCUCACUUGUAUACUACCCGAAAUAUGAAGUAUUAUUACUUGGUACAAAUGUCCAUUUGGUUCCAACAACUUUACACUAUUCAUAUCGAAAAACGAAGAAAGGAUCACUUUGCAAUGGUGACACAUCAUUUUAUAACCAUUACUUUACUGAUCGCAAGUUAUUUUACCAACUUUUCCCGUAUUGGUAACGCCGUUUUAUGUUGUAUGGAUCUGUGUGAUGUCAUUUUAUCUUUGGCGAAAAUCUUGAAAUACCUUGGAUUCAAUACCGUUUGUGAUAUUGCCUUUGGAUUGUUUGCAAUCGCUUGGCCAGUGACACGACAUGGUUUCUUCACCAUCAUUGUAUGGGCUACAAUAACUGAACCAACACGUUAUUUGGAUAUGAAAUGGGAACCGGAAAAGGGCAAAUACUUUACUCCUCUUACACAGAAAAUGUACGUUGGUCUAUUUUUAUUACUACAAAUCAUCAUGAUCUAUUGGUUUGCUAUGAUUCUCAAGAUCAUCAUCGCUGUAUUGAAAGGGAAAAAUGCUGAAGAUGUUAGAAGUGAUGAUGAAGAUGAUGAACCAAAGUAA